AUGUCUACUACAAGAAGCACUUCCCUCUCCAAGAGAUCCACAACAAUUCCAGACUCGGACCAGGACAGCAGUGACCAAGAUCAAGUUCCAUCAAUCGCCACCACUAGGACCAGAGCAAAGUCUGAAGUUCAAGUCGUCAUUCCAGUCAUGUCUUCCCGCGCAAAAGCAGCCCUUCGCUCCAAUAGUCCAUCAUCACUGUCCUCAGCUGACAGCCAUGACGCUCAACCUAUCGAUACCCCAGCAACCAGUGCUGGCGUUACGCCAGAACCGCUGGCACGUAGUCGUUUGGGAGGCAAGAGAAAGAGAGAUACAGAUGAUGAUGCUGCUCUUGCUAGACAAUUGCAGGAGGAAGAAUGGGCCGACAUUACACAGCCAUCCAAGAAGAUCAAGGCCGAGUCUUCAAACAUCAAAACUGAAUCCACGACAAGAUCCAGGAGGUCAUAUGUUACUGUGAUCGACGACUCAGACGGUGAAGACAUGAGUGACCUCUCGUCUGCUUACAAAUCACGCUUGUCCAAAGCACGUGCUGGCAAGAAGGCGGUUCUGCCCAAGCCGCGAACCACGGUCGUCGUUCCUGAUAGUGACAGCGAGUUGUCGACCUUCUCGGAACUCGACGCCAACAUGAUGACUGAAGAUGAAUUCCGUUCUGAGGACGCUCUCUCAGGUGCUGCCGAGACUUCGGAUGAUGACGAGGAUGAUAUACCGCUGGCCUUGACAAACAUUCGCCGUAGAAGAGGUCAGGCAGAGUUCCAAGACCGCGAUCUCGGCGCUGAAAUCAAGAAGAUGAGACUGUCCAGAAAAGACCGCGAGAGGCUGAAGUUGGAGAAGGCACAUCCUCAGAUCAAGACGAUGUGGCAGGAUCUUGAGGCUAUUCCGAUCAUCAAGGGAGUCGCCGGCGUGCAGCCGCCCUCCAUCAACCGCAAACUCAAGUCGUACCAGCUCGAAGGUGUCGACUGGAUGAUCAAACAAGAGCAGUCAAACUACAAGGGUGGCCUGCUUGGAGAUGAGAUGGGCAUGGGAAAGACAAUCCAGGCUGUCUCCCUCAUUAUGUCCGACUAUCCCCAGAAACAGCCCACACUGGUCUUAGUCCCUCCAGUCGCUUUGAUGCAAUGGUCUUCGGAGAUCGGCGAGUACACCGAUGGAAAGCUCAAGGUCCUUGUAUACCACGGUACCAACGCGAAGUCCAAGAACAUGACGGUGAGUGACCUCAAGAAGUACGAUGUUAUCAUGAUCUCGUACAACAGUCUUGAAUCACUCCAUCGCAAGGAGGUCAAGGGAUGGAGCCGUGGCGGAGACCUUGUCAAGGAGGCAUCUCCUAUUCACGCCCUGACCUACCACCGCUUAAUUCUGGACGAGGCACACAGCAUCAAGACCAGAACUACUCAAGUCGCCAAAGCCUGCUUCGCUCUGAAAGGCAAGUACAAGUGGUGUUUGUCGGGAACCCCUGUCCAGAACCGCAUCGGCGAAUUUUUUUCUCUGCUUCGCUUCUUGGAGGUCCGACCUUUCGCAGAUUACUUCUGCAAGAAGUGUCCCUGCUCACUUCUGCACUGGUCUCUGGACUCUCAGCACAUGUGUACAGAGUGCAAGCACACCGGUAUGGAGCACGUCUCUGUCUUCAAUCAGGAGUUGCUCAACCCGAUUACCCAAUCCGAGGAUACCCAGGCUCGUUCGGAAGCCAUGGACAAGCUGUUCCUUAUUACAUCUCGCAUUAUGCUUCGUCGCAUGAAGCGUGACUAUGUCAGCUCUAUGGAGCUGCCACCGAAAGAGGUCAUUGUUCACAAUGAGUUUUUCGGAGAUAUCGAGCGUGACUUCUCCCAGAGCAUCAUGUCCAACACUGCUCGCCAGUUCGACACCUACGUCUCUCGUGGUGUCAUGUUGAACAACUACGCCAACAUCUUUGGUCUCAUUAUGCAGAUGCGCCAGGUAUCCAACCACCCAGACUUGAUCCUCAAGAAAAAAUCCGACGAAGGCAUGAAUGUUUUGAUUUGCAACAUUUGUGACGAGCCUGCUGAAGAGCCCAUCCGAUCCAAAUGCAAGCAUGACUUCUGCAGAAGCUGUGUGAAGAAUUAUGCUCAGUCUGUUGAGGAGGAUGCUGGUGACGUCGACUGUCCUCGUUGCCACAUUCCACUUUCGAUUGACUUCGAUAUGCCCGAGCUUGAGCAGAACGAGGAGGCUGUCAAGAAGAACUCGAUCAUUAACCGCAUCAAGAUGGAGAACUGGACUUCAUCGACCAAGAUUGAGAUGCUUGUCUAUGACCUUUACAAGCUCCGCAGCAAGAAGCAGACGCUGAAGUCGAUUGUCUUUUCGCAGUUUACUUCCAUGUUGCAGCUCAUCGAAUGGCGUCUUCGUCGCGCUGGCUUCAGCACUGUUAUGCUUGACGGCAGCAUGACUCCUCAGCAGCGCCAAAAGUCGAUCGAGCAUUUCAUGACAGACCCUGACGUCGAGGUGUUCCUUGUGUCUCUUAAGGCUGGAGGUGUCGCACUCAACCUCACUGAAGCUUCGCGUGUCUUCAUUGUCGACCCUUGGUGGAACCCCGCCGCUGAGUGGCAAAGCGCAGACCGGUGCCACCGCAUCGGCCAGAGACGUCCUUGUGUCAUCACUCGACUGUGCAUCGAAGAUUCAGUCGAGUCACGUAUUGUCAUGUUGCAAGAGAAGAAGGCAAAUAUGAUCAACGGCACAAUCAACAACGACAGGGUGGCUAUGGAGAAGCUCACACCUGAAGACAUGCAGUUCUUGUUCCGCGGCAAUUAG